AUGUGGGACAAGGUGCCUUUUUAUCGGUCUCGAAGGCCUACAGUUGGAACGCCCACGCUAGGCGACAAGACCGCGGACGAUGGUGUUUACCAAACUUUGUCCUCGGCGAGAGUUCGGAACGACAAUUCUACCUUCUCCCCUAAUCGGCCGCGAGUUGCAUCUGCCCCGCAUCCUAGUAAUGCCGUCGAACAGCUUCGCCAACGUUCCAGCACAUUGACGCCCCUUGGCCAGAGUGGUUACACCUCAAAGCCAGGCACCCCAUCGUCGUGGCUUCAAGACGCAGAAAUCUCACCUCCCGAUUCCCCCAUUUCCAUGAGGCGUACACCCAAUAGCCGGGGUAGUUCUCAGGUCUCCCCGAUUGAGGACGAACCAAACCAGUAUUUCGAGAGUGAGCAGACGGAGAACAGAUUCGCUAGCCAUUUGCCAGUUUUGCGCCAAGGUGAAGGGAAUGAUAAUAUCCCGUCACGAUCGGACGAUUCACAGAAUUCCUACAAACUUUCGUCGAGUCGGGCUCGAGAGACACGAUGGGAUGAUUUCUCCGGCGAACCAACAGCCGGUAGCUCUGGUAAAUCCGCACAAAUGACUCCUGGACGAACUUCCUUUUAUUCCCAAGGCACCUCCAAACCAGGGGGACCUCAAACCUCCGGCAUUUUGGGUUGGGGUAAGGAGCAGUUUCAACCAAGGAAGAAACUCGCAGAGGCUCGCAGCCGGCUGUCGAAAAAUGAUAAUAUGCUUCAACCCGCUGCUCGUGAGCCGUGGAAAGGACCCAGUGGGCGAUCACCAAUGAUAAACCCUAUCCAAGAGAAGCUAAGGAAGAGAUCGCCAUCACCUGCGCAACCUUCAAAGAGCAGCAGCCGGGGGAAAGAUAACAACGUAUCUCCCGAUGCCAACCUUGUAUCUCUAGGCAUCAAGCCGUCCGUCGUCACGACUAUUACGGGAGGCGCAGCAAAUCCCGCAGGGCCGGAAAGACGCACUGUCAGCAAGAACAUCAGCCGUCAUCAGCCAGAAAAACCCGAGCCAACCCCCGCCACUAGUGUCAGAAGCAGUACCCCGCCGCGUAUUGAUCUGCCAGAACCCGAUCUGACUGCCACGUUGGCUGACUUGAAGCUAACCGGCGAAGACCAGCCUGGGAGUCGCUUCAGUGCUGCCACCUACACCCCCACCGAAGUGGAAACAGCUACUUCAACGGGCAGCCCUCGAGAAAGCAUCGACAUUAGCAACCUGUCUACCGAUAAUCUUGCUUCUAUCAUGUCCAGAAAACGCCCAGUUCCCAGCGCCGUGGCUCCUGGAAAGAUGCCAGCGAAGAUGCCAGUUAGAAAACCCACUCCUUCGCAGGCUCCAGAAGCCGAGGCGAUGCCAAAGGAGUCCUCACCAGAGUCGCCGCGACAGCAUACACAGAACCGAAUCGAUGCCUUGGAAGCAAGAAGAGACACUCUUAUGCGGCGCAGGACUAAUAUUAACACCAUAAUCCAUGAACUCACACAAGUCGUCCAGCCGAGCUCCAUUGCCUAUGAUAUGGCGGCCAGAGAAGAAGUCAAGAAAACUGUCGCAAGUCUGAACAACGAGCUUGCUGAAAUUAAACGAGAAGAGCACGAGAUUGGGGUGAAACUACUCAGACUUUGGAAGAAAUGUGAUGAACAAGAUGCUUAUGGCGGAGGAACAGGUCUAUGGGUGAAACGGGUGACGAGCUGA